AUGUCUGGAGCAAGGUUACCACCGAGUAAUGCGUUCUCGGUUGGUCAACAGCAACCAUACCUCAACCACGACGCCGGAAACCAUUUUCUUCCUUCGCCGAACCAUGGUGCAUUUGUGCAGCAAGAGAAAAAAGGAAUAGGCCAGGAAGCUCAUAAUACAGCUAGUUUGAACAGUCAAUCUCAGAGAAUAUCUCAAGAGGUGAAUCCGACCAUGAGAGGUGAGGAAAUUCGUAAUGACAGAUUGGGUUACAAGCAAAUUAUGUCACCCUCUCGUCAAGAUGUUAAUUUCAGCCUUGAUUUUUGUUAUGUAUUCUUUCCAUUUCACCUUCGAAGACAGAGAAAUAUUCGGAAAUUUUAUCCAACUAGAGAAUCGCAGUUAAAUUGAUUUCGUGGGACUUUCUCAUUUAUUAUGGCGUCAUCGGUUUAUGAUAGCAGGUUUCUCGCUGUCGUGGUAUCGACGUACUUGUACCGGUAUUUUUUUCCUCCUGUGUUUACCUUGUAUAAUUUAAGCUUACAACUCUGAAUUAUUCAAGUCAGCGUAUAGUUUUGCAAGUGUAAACUGUGGCUUAAGCUGGCGUAAUAUACCAGGUUUGUUCAGCCAAACAAGCUUUGUUGCGGGAAGUCUUCUGCUCGUAAAAUACAUGUAAAAAUACACUUUGAAAACGAGACUUUAAUUUCCAGAUUGCUCAUUCUUAAAAGUUUGUACAGUGCACUGUAAUUUAUCAUCAAUGGUAAUGUAUCGUUAAAAUUUACUGUUUGUUUGGUUUUCACUUAUUUGAACUAAAUUAGUAUAGACAUUAAUGUGCUAAGUUUGCAGUUAUAGAACCAAUUUCACCUAUUUGGAGAACAACUACAAGUACGAGAUUUGACUUUACGUUUUUUCACGUCUACUGAAAAACUAAACACCUCGGAAAGCUUCACCAUACUUUUUUCACCAGAAAAGUUAGCACUGUUAUCUUUAUUGAAGGAGGUUAAGCCCUCUACUGGUCACAAAAUGACAAAACCUUUAACAUUUGAUAACUUGUUUCCAACACCACGUCUUUCUCGCAAAAACAUGUACUAGAAUAACAAUGGUUAUCAUAUUUUCCAGCCAAAAUGAUGCUGCUUCAUGUGCGUGCGCCGCUGAUUAUUGAGAAAAUCCCGUACUCGUAGUUGUACUUGUUUUAGAAUCUAGAGCUCUCUAAUAAUGCUAGUUGAUGGUACAUGUACAGCAGAAUCCCAAUUUCUCAAACCUGUUGGUUUUUGGUGUUCCCGAUGAUUUGAACCAUCUUAUAACUUCCCUUGAGCAGUCAAACACUGUAAUUUUACCCCCAAUUUUUCAAACCCCUUGAUAAUUUGAACCAAUUUACCUUUCCCAGGGUGCUUUGAAAAUUUAGGAUUCCACUGUAAUUUCAACUAGCACAACCUUUAGGCCAUCAGCUGUCAUAGACUAUCAUCAACUACCACACACUUUGACCACUUUCAGGGUUGUCACUAAGAUUUCAAGUUGCCGGGUAAAUACAACAAGUAGGCGGGGAAUCAAAUAUAUAGGGAUUUCUUUUGGUUCUAUUUUUCUUCUAUUUUCCAAUAAAAGUAGCCGGGGGCCACUCUCUUAGUAGCCGGGGAAAAUCCCCGGCCCCCGGCUCUUAAUGACAACCCUGACUUUUCAGUUUGUCAUGGUGGCUGGUACUUUUUCGUUCCGUAUUCUCAUUAUAGUGACUGUUUUUAGCUAGCUGUUUCUGCUUUGAGUUGACUGGCUCAAACUUUGUUAGCAAUCAACUUCAAGGUUGUUGAUUGUCCCUAAGACCAAAACAAUAAAAGGUCUUUUCAAGUGACCAGGAAAGUUUCAUUUGAUGGAAGCAUCCCUUCUUCUGGUUCCUAGCUACUACUGAAUCAAGGACUAAAAGUACAUCUAUAAUACACUGCCAUGAAAAUGAAUAUCACAAGUCAUGAUAAUAAAUUAUAGUUAAUGAUAGCUUAACCUCUUAUCAGCAAAGAACUACAACUGUAUCAUGACUAUUUGGCUUGGCUAGCUGUGAAACAGGGGUACACUUCUUGACCAUCUGGCUCUUGAACUUUUGUAGAAAUCCUGAGCUUGCGCAUGUGUGUUGGCUUUGCAUUGCUGAUGAGAUCUAACAUACAUGUAUCUUUGGUUGCUAACACUCAGGCUCACAUUGCUACACGUAUAUUGUCCAGUAUUUCAAGAAGUAAUGCCAGCUAUAUUAUGAACAUACUCAUUGUGAACAUUUUCAGAAUCUAAAACAAUGGCUAUAUUUGUAAAUUACACUCGUAAAAGUUUUUUUAAAAAAUUGACGACAACAGUAGUUUCUACCCAAGCCUUACCCAGGGCUGUCACUAAGAUUUCAAGUUGCCAGGUAAAUACAACAAGUAGGCUAGGCAGGGAAUCAAACAGUUAGGGAUUUCUUUUGGUUCUAUUUUUCUUCUAUUUUCCUAUGAAAGUAGCUGGAGGCCAUGUGCAGAGUAGCCAGGGGAAAUCCCUGGCCCCCGGAUCUUAUUGACAGCCCUGCAUACCUUCUCUUUUGACAUGCAGAUGGACCUUUGGACAUCAGAAAAGUAGUUCUGUAUUUCGUGGCUAUUUCAAAAGACAGUAAAUUAUAAUAAAUUAUGAAUAAUUGUGACCUAUUUGGGCAACAAAGCAACUGCUCCUAAUUUAACAUGUCUGUGUAAAGUGGGUGUCUAGUGCCUUGGGUUCGACUGCUUACGCAUGAUGGCACUAGAGAUGAUCUUUGUCUUCUUUUGAACUGAUCCAAUUUCCUUUGAUUCUCAGGAUACCCAGGCUCACCACCAACUGGACAACAACAGCAGCAGCGCAUGUACCAAGCUGCACCUCCUCAGUCGAUGAAUAACUCCUCCCUUAAUCCAUCUCCAUCAGCCACACCACCAAGGCGAAGUCCAGUCAAUCAACAAUCUGGUGAGUAAACACAGAUCUUUUUAUAUGUACUUGUUUGUGUAAAGCAUGUCUUUCUGUAAACCAGCUCUUCACAAAGACAGUAUUGUCACCUUCUUCAAUGUAGAUGCGAAAGGGCAGAGCCCUUUACAGAAGGGCCUGUUCUAUAGUGGUAGCGAUUGUGUAAACUUUGGCAUUUUUGGGACCAGAAAAACUAUCUGUGUUAGGGAGGUGGCAGUGUUAUAGAUGUGUCCUUCAGGGUAUUAAAGGAUAUUACGUUCUGCCAUAGCGAAUAAUCAUAAAGAGCUAUAUAAAGGUUGGAGAGGUUCCCUUUUUUGUGUCCCUUUUGAGUUUUGAAAUUUUGUACAAUCAAAAAUUAUAUGUGCAAAAUGUUUGAUUUUUUCAGGUUAGAGGUCGGUCAUCAUUUUGAAUGAAAAACUUACAACGUUCCAUCUGUUACGUUGAAUUUUGUAAAACGUGUUAAAUACUCCAAUUUUUUCAUUCACCUAUUCUUUCUUACCUUGCUUAAAUUAUAAUGAUGUUUUUGUCAUUAUUUUGCCACAAUUUCUGUUGUUUUAGGGCUUUCUGGUUUCCCCUCAGCGGCUGCCCGACCUCCUGCAUCUCAAGCAGUUGUUAAUGGUCCAGUUACAGGGUUCACACCAUCACCUCAGGGACAUCAUCAAAUGGAGCUGCGGUCUACUGCAAAUACAAACCCAUCAACUUUUCCAACACAGGCUUCUCAGAGACUUUCAGCACCAUUGUCACCUGGGGCUGCGCUAGUAAAUGGGCUCUCCUCACAAGCUCCUGUCAGUAAGUUUGUUUCCCCACCCACAAGUAACGUUCAGGCUGGGUCAGCGUUUACUCCUGUAACAUCCUCUUAUCCCAACCAACCAUUGCCUCAUUCGUCGUCUGGAUCAACCCUCCCAGGUCAACAACAGCCUGGAUUUCCUGUACAGGGACAGACAAACAUGCAUCAGGGUCAACUUGGGCAGACAACAAGUUACACAGGACAAGCUAGAGGUUUACCUUUAGACACAGCUGGUCUGUCUCCUCAGGGAAACCAAACAUUUGCGCCUCAAGAAACCCAAUCAUUUUCAGCUCUUCAUUCUAACAAACCCAAGAGGCCUGUGAUGCCAGGCAACUCAGGAACAGGUUAUCCUGGACAACGUGGUAGCCCAUCUCCAAGGUCCACUCCCCCUCCCCCUGUAGGUCCACCUGGUUCAUUGGUGUCCCAGGGAUCAACUCCACCUCCUCCAUCAAAUUUACCAGUAUCCACCAUGCCUCAAACCUCUUACAGUGGUCUAGCAUCAGGUUAUCCCCCAGUGGGACAAGACUCUCAAGCUGGGACAAGGCCUAUAUCUUCACAACGAAGAAUGUAUCCUGCUCAGGUAUACCUUAAAUAAGGGUGUAAUGAUUCAUAUUCCUUGCAAUUUAAUUUGAUGUUGCUUUUUUCCUUUCAAUUUCAAUUUGAUCUUGUAAAUGUUUCUCAUUAAUUUCUUAUAACAUAAUGCGUAAUGUAAACAACAUGCAACCUAAACCCUCAAUUAGAGAAUAGUAACAGGGACAGGAGGAUUCACGGUCACUUGGUUAUUUGUCGCCAUGUUUGAAAACCAGACAAAGAGCAUGUUGCCCAUGGUUUGCCUUAUUUGGAAAUUCUCAAGGGGUGGUUGAAGGACAGCAUUUUUUACCAGGCAACACAAAAUGGCACACAAACUGCAAUCAUCUUUGCAUGUUUAUCAGAAAGACACAUUUUAAAGUGAUCUGGAUUCUGAUUUUACCAUAUAAUAACUCACCAGGGGCACUCUGGAAAAGGUAUGCAAAAAUUGAACCAAAAUUGAAACGUGUAAGCAAAGAAUAGUGAAUCGAACCGAAAGGUCAUAAUUGCGGUUAAUUGAGGAUUUGAUUAAUCAUUACACCACUAACCUUAAAUUAAAAAAAAAGAGAUUAUUAAUACAACAGAGCCUUUUCACAUGUGGUGAGAAGUUAUGCAAAUUUAUUGGAACAAAAGAAAGUUUUUACAUAAGAAAAAGGUUUAACUCCCAAGGAUUGGUUUGGAACACCAACGUGGCUUCCAUUUCAUUGUUUUGGGACAACAAUAUGGUGUCACGUGAAAACCCUCUAUACUAACUUGAACACUUCAAGAUGUAACUCCAAGUUUGAGGAAAGAGGCUAAAAUAAUAGAAUGAUGUAAGUUGACACAUGGAAAAGAAAAAUGAAAGAGAGCAUAGUACAAGUACAAGUACAUACAAAUAACAAAAUUUCUUAGUUUUCUAAUACCAAAUGUGUCAUUAUUUUAAAAGCCUUUUUGAUAUAGUGAUUAUUUUUCCUCCUAGUCUGUACCACCCUCCAUGCCUGGUAUUCCAGCUGGAAUGAUGAACGUUCCUGGUCAAACAAGCCAGACUUAUCCUGGACAGAUGCCUGCUAUGGCUCAGCAACCUACUGUAAGUGCUUUUUGAAUAAAAUGCACUUUAUUGAAUGUAAAUGUAUUUAACAUGAAAGUACUAACUGGGGACACUAGUUUUGUCUCCAGCCAGAGACAGGACCACCAUUUUAUGUGGUCAUCUGAGCCAUGCGAAGGUCUAAGCUGCUUGCAGGACAAAGAAAGUACCUUCAUUUCUCAGAGAUUUUAGUAUUUGUCUGGCCCGGGGAAUCAAACCUGUGACCUCCUGCUCUGCAGUAAAGCUCUCUACUGACUGAGCUAAUCCUGCCGUGGUAUAUCAGGGGCAAAAAACAGAAAGUGUUUUAAGACAGGAAUGUUUAAUUGACCAUUAACUUUAUAUCAGUUAAGCCUUAAGCGGUCAGUUUCCUGGGUCCCUUGGGACAAAAUUGUAUAUAAAUCACUGAAAAAAAGAACCUUAUUAGGCAGUCACUUCUCCCCUCCAUGAGGUCAUGGUUGGCGGCUUAAUGGAGGGUUUUACCGUUAUUUUUUGUAUCUGCCUGGAAAGUCAUUCUCACAGAUAACUUAGGGUACACCACAAGCGUAGAAACUUGAUUUUGAAAAAUUCAAAGUACUUGCCAAACAUUCACAAUCAUAACUGUUAUUCAGUGAACAUACAUGUUAUCAAAACUCUGCACAAUGGUCAUGAAUUCAAAUCAUUUGAUAGACAGAAGAGUGAACACGCAGUUUUACUUCGUGCAUGUAACUUAGAAAUUCUAUAAGAUUAUGAAUGUUUCAAGCUUCUCUUAAUUAUAAUAAUGUAUUUGAAGUAUGUGGUUGAGUAGGUCUGCAGGACUUGGCUGAUCCACUUCGAUAAUACUCUGACAGAGUUUUUAAGCACUGUAUGUUGCAAGAUCCAGCUUUUAUUCAUGCUGAUUUUGGUAACACUCUUAUGAACUUUACAAUUUGAUUGGGUAUUAUUGACGUUGUAAUUGCUUUAUUUGUUCCCCAACAGAUUUCACAAACUGGUAUCCUAAAGAAUGGGUUUUUUUAAAUUGACUGUGACGUGUUUUUAUAGAGUGUUUCAUGAAAUUAUUUUAAUGACUUUGUUUUCAGGGUCCAAGCCUCUCUCAGUUUCCUUCAUCUGGUGGAAUGGGUUUGGAAGGCCCCAUGGGACGACUUACAGUCCAGGUACAGUGAAUACUCUGCAAUAAUAGUGCUUUAUUAUCAAAGAUAAUCAGAUCAGUGUUAUCAGCAAAUUCUAAAACUCAAGUGAAAAAUCAUAUAUUGCAGCAUGUACAAUGAACUGCACCACACUAAAAUACAAUGUCCAUGAAUUUUUAAUUAACAUUCAUUUGAUUGAUCACACUGUCUUUUAAUAAAUAUAGGAUUUCAUUCACAGUGACAUGCUAUUCAAGGUCAGAAAUUGCAUGCUACUUUUGGUUUGAUUUGUUUGUUUGUUUGAUUUUUCACAUUGUAACAGUCAUCUGUCAUUCAACCUAUCAAUCUUCUGGAACAGAGACAUGUCCUUCCCACAACCCCAAUUGAACACCCAACACCUAACUUACCACAGGUAAGUGGAUGGUUCUUUCUACCUGCCUAAGUUUUUAACUGCAUAUUGUUGAUAAAGAGCAGGGCCAGAAUCAGUGCAAUGUUAAAGUUAUUACAAGGUAUUGUCUUUAUUAAUAAUACUGUGAGAGUAUUAAGACAAGACAAGACAAGACGAGACAAAAGAAGACAUUUGUUAUCAUAAUAUUGCAAGUUCCAUUUCUUGGCACACAGUUAGCAAAAAAACGCUGGACGAGGCGUGCCUAAUUAAUUCUAUUACAAAUCAGAUAUCACAGAUAAUAAGUAAAAAGCAAAGAAAAAGAAAAGAAGAAACAUGUGUAAUAAAUUCAAAAGCAAGAAAGACAAAUCUGUUUAAUGCAACCUGUGAAAGAAGCUAAGGUUUAGGAUUUCGUGAUUUUAUUUCUCGUGUUAUCAUGGUUUCAUCAAGGUAAUAAUCUUUGUCUUUUAAUAUUUCAGUAAUAGUACACUAAUAAUAAAUUGUACUGUUAACAGCAGUUUUUCAAGCUCAAUGGUUAUGCUUUUCAAAGUCGCCUUUUGGUGAUCUAAAAUUACAUGUAUAGGGUUGUUACUGGAUUUUUUUUUUUGUCUGAAAAAAGACAAAUGUUAGUUAAGAAGGUUUGUGUGUGCAGACAUGUCUUUCUUGACUGUAUCGCGGGUUUGCAUAUCUGUCUUGAAUUCUCCCAACAUCUUCUCAUGUUUAUAUCAGGCUAUGCAAACACAGUUCUAAAAGGUUUUAUAUGUAGAAAAUAAAACAGUCAAGAGGGAUGUCUUUUUAUUAGUAACAAUCUUAAUCUAUUGUUAAUGAAGUUGUCAUUGUAUUUGUUAGUUGGUUUGGUUUCUUUUAUGUAAUUCUUCUAUACUUCCUCUUUUCUUUUCAGGAUAUUCGUAAGAAGAACUGUGACGCAAGGUAAUAUUCAUUUUUUUCUUUUGAUUGCACUUACUUCUCAUGUUGUUAUUGAAACCAAGUGAUAGGAGUUUGCUGUCAAUAACAAAUACACUGUCUUCAGAGCUUUCUUUAACCUUUACUUACUUUUGUGUUUUGCUUUUUUGGUGACCUGGUAAUGGUAGAUGCGAAACUUUUUAUUUGAGACACAUCAAUAUUAUUAGGGUGUGCCUUGUCUAACAUAGUUCGAGAUCAAACCAGGGCAUCUGUAUUCAAAAGCCCCUGAUUUACCCUCAUUCAACAUGACCUUUCCUAGGCUGGGUGUUUGGACAUAAUAGCACUUCUUUAUUAUUAAAAGUACAACUGGUCAAUCUGCCUUGCUGCAAUGAAUUGUCACUAAGGACUCAUCUAUUCACUGUACACGUACUUAUGACAUUUUGGUCUGUUGUUUAGACUGUGACUCAUUCUUUUUUUUGUUUCUUUGUUUGAUUUUAUAGUGUACUUUGCUGUACAUUGAAUGCUGUUCCUGAAACCAAAAGCCUUUUAACAAAAUCUAAGCUGCCAUUAGGAAUUCAUCUUCAUCCGUUUAAGGAUUUGCAGGUCAGUUCCACAGUGAAAGGAAUGCUAUGAAUUGUAACAACAAAUGAAGUUAUACUUUUUGCUAAUAUGUGAAGAGUUUCACAAGCAAACGGUAACUUGUUUUGAUAAAGUUCCUUCAGAAUCUUUUAAUUUGUUUGAUUACAACAACCUAUGAAAUUAAAAAAAAAACAUAUUUAACUUCCUGAGGGAAAUAAUGCAUUUUCAUAAUUAUAACGAGGUGGCAUGGCUUAGUGGUUAGUGCAGUGGGCUUGUAAUGCACCUAUCAAUGUAACGCCGGCAGGGGGGAGGCAGAGCAUAGGGUGGGGAUUUGACUUUUUUCAAAAAUUUUCAAUCAAAUUCCCUGCCCACGGGCAAAUUAUUCCAGUCAAAUGCAACCAAAUUUCCCCACCCCAGGCUGCACAUUGCUGUCCAUCCCAAGGCAGAACCUAAGAAAGGCACAAUAAAAAUAUCUCUGAAUAAAACUCUGCAAUCUUUUAUAAACGUUGCUGCAUCACCAAAGAUACAUGUUCCUGUUACAGCUGCAAUUAUACGUUUUAACCAUAAUCCGUGUUACACUGCGUAGAAUACAUAAACCUUUAGGAGAAAGUCCACAUUUUGUAAGUCUAAAUGUACCGUUCUUAGUAAAGGGUACAAAGAAAGUCAGUUUUAUAAGUUUACAGGGAUUGUAGCGAAUGAGCCAUACACUAAUCAAUUGUACUUGCAAAAAUCGACUCGGUUUCUCUUUACUUCCGCUUGCUUUGAUACCACAGUAUAUUAAGAGGUUCAAUUGAUCAAAAACACGCUAAAACAAACGAAAUUUGAAGACAAAACAGUGAAAUCCAUUCAGCCUUCACUUGCUCUCAUUGGCCUCCAUGACUUCCUGAUCUUUUCAAACCGUAUGAUGCAUGCGUGAAGCGUGGAAGCGGGAAACGUAUGUUCGGUCUAAGUCUUUUUCGUCCGAGUCGGCAGUCAAAUAUCUCCACGUCGGGCGAAGAAAGAUUCAAAUAUCCCAUCCCCCGGGAGAAUAAGAUAAGUCAAAUGCCCUACCCCAGGGACAACAAAGACAAUCAAAUCCCCACCCUAUGCCCUGCUCCCCCCCCCCCCCCCCCACCUGCUUUUCAUUGAUAGGUGCAUAAUUCAGAGGCCCUGAGGUUAAAAGGUUUAAGUCCCAUCCUGACUGCCAGCUGGAUUUGUUCUCUGGUAGUCCUGAGUUCAAAUCCUUGGCUAUGCUUGUAAAUAGCCAACUGGUUUGCCUCUGGCCAGUUGGGAAUCUUAAUCAUUUUAUGUUCCAUUUAACCCAUUCGCUCCUGGAGAUUUUGCCCAAAAACGCGUUUUGAAGCUAGUCGAGUGGUUUUCUGGUCACUGUCGUGCCAUAAAGAGCUAAAACUUACCACAAACCGGUUUACAGGUGGUACACUUGGCGGCCUUCUGAUCCAGAUGCAAAAUAUCAGCUUGCGAAGUUCGGGCAUGCGCAGAAAGCAAAAUUUCGAGAUAGUUUUUGGGUUUAAAAGUGACACAGCAGUCUUGACUUUUACUUUUCGCUUUCUCUCCUCCCUUCUUUUUUCGCUUUUCUUGCCUCAUUUUUUUUUUCUCUUGCUGGGCAUUUAGUAGGCUUCAUUUUGGGGGAAAGAGUUUUGAGGAAAGCUUUUAGGAUCUUAGGAUUAGGUGAAAGGAAAGGUAGGUGGGUAAUGGAACAAGAUUUUCAUGGAGAUUUUCAGGUCCUUGUCACGUGGUUUUUUGCUUCUUUCUCCGGUGUCCUUGACUGAAUUGUGCUCAUUCUGGUAUGGUUUGAAAGAACUCUUCACUCUGCACAAGUUAGCGAAGAAAGUUGUCCUUGACCGUUAAAACUGAUGACGUCACAAAGGGUAGAAAGGAACUGGAUCCGCACGGGCAGUUCCGGGCGGUUCAGGGGCGAAUGGGUUAAAUAAUUGUUUCAUUAUCCCUGAAAAGCCCUAAGAGGAGAGAGGUAAAGUAUUAUUAUUAUUGUUUUUAUUAUUAUUAUUAUUAUUAUUAUUAUUAUUAUUAUUAUUAUUAUGACAUAACUCAAACUGUGAUUUAAAUAAAUACAAAAUUGGCUCACCUGUCUGUGUACUUGUGAAUGUACAGUGUACAUGCAUAUCUGUUAUAGGUUAAAAUUAUAUUCAGGUUAAGAAUUUUCAACCUAGUUCAGUUCUCAUUUUUUUUAAUCUCCUAGCCCUACUUCAUGAAUAAAUUAUAAGGAUUAGAAGACAUGUUGCAUUUGGAACAUAUUAGAAGUCUUAAUGUUGUGUUUCCACAGAAUCUUCCAGUUAUACAUUCCUCUGUUAUAACAAGAUGCCGUUCCUGUAGAACCUAUAUAAAUCCUUUUGUGACUUUCACGGAUUCCAGAAGAUGGAGAUGCCCGAUGUGUUUUAGAGUAAAUGAAGGUAUGUCAUUGCAAGACCUAUCUUAUCCCUUGAACAUCUUGAAUGGAGCAGUACAUACUGCAAGUUCCUCUGUUUGAUCUUAUAUUAUUAUGAUAUCAAACAAAUGACCUGAAAAAAAGAAAAAAAAACGUGUUGCCAUGUGUACAGUGAAUUCCCUAUCCUAGCAGACAAGAGCAAAUACCUUUUUGUUUUUGCACUGUAAAUCCAAGAACAGAUUCUUGGAUAGUAAGCUUUAUAAUGUGGUUAGUAAAAUUGUUUAUCUGCAAAUCCUUUGGGUUAGUAACUGUUAUCUAAAAACUUGAAUUUAAGACCUGCUUUCUGUAUAAUUAUUAUUGUUUUGUAGUUCCAGAGGAAUUCUGUUUUGAUCCUACAACAAGGCAGUAUGGAGAUCCAUCCAAAAGACCUGAAGUUAGGACUGCAACUGUAGAGUUUAUAGCACCUUCAGAAUAUAUGGUAAGCAGAUAAAAUCUAGUCCCUGAGACUACUGCCCACUGAGUAUGUCAUUUGUAAAUGAAACCAAAAUACUUUUUUACCGUAAUGUAUGACGAGCUAUCAUUUCCUUUGCCUGGGAUAUUUUUUGAGGACACUUGAAAAUACAGCUGUAUUUCCCAUUAUUACAUAUAAUCCAAAAUAAUAGAACUUUUAUAUCAUAUGUGCUGUGUGCACCCCCCCCCCACCCUCUCUAUGAAGGGCAUACAUUCUAGCUCCCAACUUGGUAAAGUAAGGCCACAUUAAGUUUAUUUUCAAGCCUGGAUACAAUUAAAAAUUAAUAUUUGGCUUUUCAAGAGGUUUGACAGACUAAUCACUGAAUACUAUUUUUUUUAAUGUGUUGUGUUUGUUUUCAGCUGCGUCCCCCUCAGCCAGCGGUCUUCCUGUUUGUUUUGGAUGUUUCUUUCAAUGCUUUAGAGACAGGUACAUUCAUGGUUCUCAGCAGUCAAUAGCACUGAUAUUGGGCUAUGACAACUUACUUUUUACCAUACUAUGCUAACUAAACAGUAUGUUUUUGUUGAUUAAUCUUUUUCUCUCUGUGAAUUGGAAUGCGUAAAAAACAGGGUACAGUGUAUCUGAUUGUUCUGAAUUCACAGCCUAUCAAAUUUUCUUUUAAAUGUUUUGAAAAGGACAUUAUUAAUACGAGUUAAAAGACCCUGGUGGUUAUGUGGAAAAAAUGCAGAAGCAGAAAUUUAACCUACAACUUUUUUGUAAAAUAUUUAUUAUUAAUAAUUGAAACUCAAUAUGGACAUUACAUGAAUAAAGAAAGGCAUUGAUCCAUUCUAGACUGUUUUAGGGGGUGUUUUAUGUUGUAGUUAAUUUUUUAUCUCAGGUAAUUUUCAUAUUUCUUCUUUUUUCAACUUCAUUAGCAUACAUUACUAUACCACAAAACAAAAGAAAAACAAAAAUAAUUACCUGAGAUAAAAAGUUAACUACAACAUCUGUCUUGCAGAGACCACCGGGAGACCACUACUUUACUAUUUACUGCUUAUGUUUUUCAGGUUACCUAAAUAUGUUUUGUAAAUUACUAAAAGACAACCUGGAUAAAAUGCCAGGGGACCUGAGAACACAGAUUGGAUUUAUAACAUUUAAUAGCACAGUUCACUUUUAUAGCCUAAAGGUAGGUGACUUCCACAUAACUGGCUUAUGCUAAUUAUGUUAGAUUCUUCCAUAUUGGAAGUCCUUUUCCUCUCCCUGUGCUAAUCAAGACAAUGAACUCAUCCAUUUAUUUCCUCUUCCUAUUUUUGCAGUCUAAACUUAGCCAACCUCAAAUGCAUAUCGUAUCAGAUUUAGAAGGUAUGGGCUUGCGUCAUUUUGUUUACAUGAUACAGGUAGUGCUAGUUCGUGUAUUUAUUUGUAAAAGCCAAAGCAUCGAUGUUACAUCUCCUUAUUAUAUUUUCAGAUGUUUUUCUACCUUCCCCGGAUGAUUUGCUUGUCAAUUUAAAUGAAAGCAAAGAGGUGAGCAGGACUCUACUUUAAAAUGCAAUGUUUAUCAAAGUAUCUAUUAGCUACUUAACUCAGUCACAAAGAAAUUCAUGUGAGUUUACUGUGAUGUUGAAUUGGUCAGCGGUAUGUAACUUACUGGUAGUAUCAAACUUCUAAGUUCAUGAUAUUUGGCACAGUAUAUAGGCAAGCAGCGAUAUUCCACUUAAUCAGUGAUGGUUUGGAAUGUAUACAUUAUGCACGUGCAAACAAAUGCACUUGGAUAGGACGGCAUUUGAAAGAAAUGGUUCUCUGGGAUAACAUCACAUGGUCUGAAAUGGGAAAACAAAAUAUACAAGCUAAAAGCGUCUAUUAGUACAAACAUUUUUAUCUUGCAUCUCUGCACAUAGUACUUGUUAUUGGUACUACUUUAACAAAUCAUUUUAUGGGAUUCUAAAUGAGCAUUUCCAUCACAAACACAAUAAAGCUGUUUGUGAUUGAAGGAGAUGAUUAGUACUGUACACAGAGUGAAAUGUUGACACAGUCUCUCAAUUUGGCUGUCAAAUACUUCUCUCCUGCAACUGCCACGUAAGAUGUGAAGAAGUUUUAAAAUUAUUGCCUUUCAACAAAAUCAAAGGCUCUUACUCAGGGAUUAACAGACACACUCAGAUCCUGAUUGGGAAAGUAGUUACUACUUUCCCAAUCAGGAUCUGAGUGUGUUUGUAAUAAUAUUUUUUAUCUUGUUUUUCAGCUAGUAUUACAGCUACUAGACUCUCUUCCAACAUUGUUCAGCAAGAAUCCAAAUGUGCACAGUGCCACAGGGGCAGCCAUGCAGGCAGCACUAAAGUUAAUUGUAAGUAGCCACAUCCUUCUCUUACACAUAGGCAAUUGUAAAUACAGUGGAAACUCUAUUAACAAACCUUUAUAUAACAAAGUCCUGGGUAUAAAGAACAAUGUAUACUCCGAGCCGCUGUAGUAGUAAAAUAUAUGGAAAAGAACGUCAAUACAACAAAACUUAUAUAGUGAUUCCACUGUGGUCUGGUAUUUGCCAUGUACAUUGUAGAUUAUAGUAAAAAGAGAAACCUGCCAUUGGGAGGAUAAAUGGCUCUUAUAACGACAUGCAAUGCUUGGGGCUAAGAGAGAGGUUAUUUCAUGGAGGUAUCAAGGUCACAGGUAAAUCAGGUGUCGCUAAUUUUUUCUUCGUGAAAAUGUAUUAUUUUUCUUUGCUUUUUUAAAAAUAUCAUACACUAUUACGCCCAAAAAGAAAAAAAAAUGAUAAAAAUUGAAUAGGUUAUUUGCACUAUGGUACCACUUAACUACUGUGCCACGAUCAGAAUCCUCUUUGUUAUUCCUUUCAUAUUUAAAUUUGGUAAUCCCAGUGAGGUUUGAAUAACAUUAGCACUAAUCUGCACAAGAAAGGAAAACCCUGAAGGAUUCUGGUCAAAGUAGUAAAAUGACAUCGUCAUCGUGCAAAUGCCCUAUUAAGGAUAUGUUUGAACCACAACAGACAUAAUAAUAUAAGAAGGCUUAUGUUUUUUUAGCUAUUGUGAUAAGUUAAUGUUUUUGUUUUUUUUCUCAUAUGUGAAGGGUCCUAUUGGUGGCCGUGUGACAGUGUUUCAGACAACUCUUCCUAAUAUUGGUCCAGGGGAGUUAAAAAAGAGAGAAGAUGGACAGAAAUCCAGCCCAAAGGUUGGUUACCAAGUAAUAUGCAUGUUCCACGAGACAAAGUCUCUCAAUGGUUACAAGACAAAUUAUAGUCUCUGACCUUAGGACUCUCAGCUGCCAACAGACAAGUCAACUUGUGCUCUGCAGUUAUGUUACAUGACGUACACUGUAUGCCAUAAUCUUAUUGUGGCACUCCAACAGCUGCAGCUGAUUCUAAAUCAACAGGGUUUUUUUUUUUAGCAAGAUGUUGUGUGACUUUGCAGGGUUGGCAUUAUGGACUAGUGUCUGGGGAUUUCCCCUGGCUACCAAGAACAUGACCCCAGCUAUUUUCAUAGGAAAGCUGUUUAGUUCCCGUCCCGGCAACUUAGAAACUAAGUCAUAGCUCUACUUUGAAUUGAGGCUUUUUAACCCAUUCGCUCCUGGGAACGCGUUUUGAAGCUAGUCGAGUGGUCACUGUCUGGCUAUAAAAAGCGAAACCUUGCACAAAGCCGUUUACAGGACGUACACGUCGCGGCCUUCUGAUCGGCAUCCAGAUGAAGAAAGUAAAAUUUCUCUCCUCCCCUUUUCUUUCGCUUUUCUUGUCUCGCUUUUUUUUCUUUUGCUGGGCAUUUACACUGUAGUAGGCUUCAGUUUGGAGAGGAAAGUUUCUGGGAAAGCUUUUAGGAUCUUAUGAUUAGAUUACAGGAAAGGUUGGUGAGUAGUGUAACACGAUUUUCAUGGGAAUUUUCGGGUCAUCGUUACGCGUUUUUUUUCUUUUUUUUUUGCUUUUUUCUCUGACCUCCUUUACUGAAUCGUGCUCAUUCUGGUAUGGUUUAAAAGAUCUGACUUAGACUGCAAGUAGUCUCCCAUUUUCCCUCAGGGAUAGUAGAGCGAGCGAAACGCGAGCGCGCGUGAAAAUCACCCCACGCGAGAAAAGGCGACACGCGGCGGGAAGAGAGAAAACUGAGGCCUUUUCUCGCGUGGGGUGAUUUUCACGCGCGCUUGCGUUUCGCUCGCUCUACUAUCCCUGAGGAAAAAUGGGGGACUACUCGUAGUCUAGAUCUGACUCUACACCCCGUACAAGUUGACCGUUUAAACUGAUGACUUCAUAAACGGUAGAGUGGACGUGGAUCCGCACGGGCGGUUCAGGGAUACUCGAAUUGUGGACAAGCUCCAUAGCGCAUGGCAUUUUUUGGAGUCAUGUUUAACCGCAACUUUCUCUAAGUAAAAACUUGAUUAAUUUAUGUAAAUUUAUACCUAAUGAAGAAACAUUUUCGCUUACUUCGCGUACGUAGGAUGUUCAGAAUCUGACACCAGCAACAGAUUUCUACAAGAAGUUUGCCUUGGACUGUGCUGCGGAGCAAGUAGCUGUUGACCUGUUUUUGUUGUCAGGACAAUAUGCUGACAUUGCAACAUUAAGUGAGUAUUCUGGUAAAGGAUAAAUACCUCUGUGUCGUGGUGUCUUAAUCUCUCAGGCUUCACAAAGCAGUUGCUACACAUUAUUGAAAUGUCCUUUGUUUUAAUCUUUCAGUGUGUGCCUCUAAAUAUUCUGGUGGAUCAGUGAUGUAUUACCCAGAUUUCCAUGCGGCCAGGAACCCAGCAGCAGCAGAAAAAUUUGAAAAUGAAUUUGUGUAAGUAGUGAUAAUUUUUAAAGGUUAAUGCUGUAUUCCUAUUAAAUCUUAGGAAGAUUCCUUUAAAAAGAUAUUCUUCCUUCCUUCUUUCUACAAUAAUAUACUUAUAGUUUACUCAAGCAAAAAAUAAAAUCGUGUAAUGCUAAAGCGCGACGAGAACGAAAACUCCAAAAUAAAGGGAAAAAAAGGUCUCAUUAGCAAAAAACAGCACACUUUUUUGUACAUUUCUUUGCUGUUGUUUUGCCCGACUAAAACGUGAAACUUCCUAGUUACACGUUUUACAAAGGAAAUGUCGUAUUUUUGAAGUGUCUGUUUGCCUUUUUUUUAAUCUUGGUGGCCACAGCGCUAGCGUUUCUCGUUUUCUCACCGCCGCUAUAAAAUUUUCAUGUUUUUCUUUCAACGAACUUCGUAUCCCUUGAUUUUUUUAUGUUAUGCUUUAGCUCUUUCUCUGUUAGUCACGUUAGUGUAGUAGUACUUAAGGUGACAUUUGACAUCGGCUUACAUGCAGUGGGUGGACGAACGUACGGAUGGUCACGUGAUUGUGCGGUUGUUGAAACGUUGGAUCGCGCUAUCCACUGUAUCUAAUACAGGGUCCGAAAUUAACUUUUUAAUACAGGCGCCAACUGGCGAUUAAGUAUAAAUUUUUGGUCGCCAGAGGGCAAAUUGUCGUCGCCAAAAAUUCCCCCUCCCUUUUUUCAGAUAAAAGUUUAAACACGAAUAAAAAAUGUAUGGUAUGGACGUUUUUAUGCUCAGUAAAUUGCACUACUUCCGCUCCCGAUACCAGAAAGCAACCGUAAUUGUACGAGUGACGUCUUAUUUUUUCCACAAAUCGCUUUUUGGAGAUAUAAAGCUAUUUGACCUAGAACGUAGGAACAGAAACCUGUCUGCUCAUGACUGUACUGAUCAUCAAAACUCUAUUUUCUUCUGAUAACUACCACGAAACACGUAACAUAAACACGAGUCAAGCCGCCAUGUUGCUCGUACCGGGCCACAACUUUGCCACAUCCACAAAGUACAUAACGUACUUACCGUAUUACAGCUGAAAACAACAUGGCGGCAUGGAAACGUUCAACUUGUAUUGAUCGUAGCUGUUGUGGAGGUAUUAUUACAGGAAGAUUCGUUUCACUUUUAAUUUAAAAAAUAUCAGCAGGAAAAAAAGUAAGACACCUGUUGGCAAAUAGCUUCAAUGUUUCAAUUCUUAAUCAGUUUCUCCAAACGUUAAAGUCCACAAUAACAACCAGCUUUACAAGUCGCUAGCUGGCAACCAGCUAUGAAAUUCUGGUCGCCAGGACUAAAUUUUUAGCGACAAGGAAGGCGCAAUUUCGGACCCUGAUCUAGUCUAGCGGAUAAGUAUUAGGGAAACCAAUUGUGUUAUCCACUGGAUAUAGUUUCAUGUGGUUAGCUCUAUCCAGCUUUCGAACAACUGGACUCAGGAGGUUAGGCUCCUCUGGUCACCCACGACAACAGGGGUGAACGUUAAUCUAAUUUUUUGCUUUAUCAUUUGCAGUCGUUAUCUAACAAGGAAGAUUGGAUUUGAAGCUGUCAUGAGGGUCAGGUGUACUAAAGGUAAAUUGCAAGUAAAGUUUAUGCUUAAACUCUUCGCACCCUGAUAUUUUGUUUUACCUAAAGACUUAGCAUUUCAACGUUGUCUUUCCCUCCCCUUUUUCUGUCAACAGGUCUUUCUAUUCACACGUUUCAUGGCAACUUCUUUGUACGCUCAACGGACCUAGUUUCCUUGCCAAAUGUCAGCCCUGAUAGUGGAUUCAGUAUGCAGAUUGAUAUUGAAGACUCAUUAACAGACUCUAAUAUCGCAGUGUUUCAGUCUGCACUUCUUUAUACAAGCACUAAAGGUAAUGUUGCAUCAAACAAACCGAUUGCAGUUGUACCUUCUCUUUGCACCCCAGGCUCGAUUUCCGCUGCUCUCUGGGGCCUACUUGAGAAGAGACUGUUCUGAAAAGAAGCGCGGACUCAUUUCCUGGAUGAGCCUAUUUGCACCCUUAACCACUCUCUUUACUUCAUGUCGUAAGUGAAACUUUUACUUCAAGGUGUUAGUUGAGUUACCUCGGGUACCGGCGGUUGUUUCUCGUGUGCGGGAUGCUUCGAUGUCGGCUGCAGGCGACAGAACUUCGGUCGAAGGUCGAAGCCACGAGCAGUGAAGCUUUUCGUUGGGACACUAGAAAGACUUUACUCAAAACGGAAACCGUGUGUAAAAGUCGAGUAAAGCAGUGAAUAAAAUGCAGUCCCUUGGUAAGUUAAGGGCUAAUUUUGUUUGCAGGUGAGCGGCGUAUCAGAGUGCACACACUGGCCUUACCUAUCACUAACAAGCUGGCCGAUAUAUAUGCCACAGCUGAUGUUCAAGCCAUUGCUACACUCUUGGCUAAAAUGGGUGAGUGUACUUAAUAGUUAAACGAAAGGAUCUGUUGGUUUGCACAAAUCAGCUGGAGUUUUGCCCUCUCUUUUGAAAUUAAGCUAAACUAACGCAAUGCGGCACCAUUCAGGAGCUAAUUCAUUUUUAUGUGCCAGUGAUGGGGUAUUGCAAGAGAGUCCAUCGAAAGUUUUGUGUUUGUGUUUGGUAAAUUACCGUCAGCCAUCUUUAUAUCUCUCUCAUCAGUUCCCAAACUUGCCAGUUAUCACUUAAUUUAAUUGUUUUCUGACGCACUGGAUCGCUUUUCUUGUUAUCAUUGUUACACUUUGGGUUAAGGAGGUAGAAGUAAGAAUAUGACCACAAAAAGCGCUGCUUAUACCAUUUGGAUGCGGAAUUGAACAUGCUUCCCAACGUUUUUCACCAAAUCACUAAGAACUCACUAAAAAUAACAAGACAAAUUCUCAAAACGCGUAGCGACUACCUUUAAAAAUCUAGCCUUUUUCCUGUAUCUACCUCAAAUGCCUCGGGGAAUUGUCCUUACUUUUUUUCUUGGUUCAUUUAUCAUUGAUUAAUAAAUUUGUUUUGUACCUCACUGACUGUUACAAUGUUUUUUUUCUUGUUCCGCAGCUGUUGACAGAACACUGAGUUCCUCGUUAGGCGAUGCAAGAGAGGUUAGUGCUACAUAAAUAGAACGCUUUUUAUUCAUUAGUGGCGUAGAUCAAACUCAGUAAUUAAGUUUGUAAACAAUUGAAUUCUCACGGCAAGCUAAUGAAAGAAACGCUGAAGAAUCUUCAUGAGAACAGUCACUCGGUGGCUGGUUCGACCGCGAGCGAGCCACAUACUCCGAACGAAAAUGUAAAAUGAUGCAAAUUAAUGAUAAACUGGGCCGAGUUGUUCAAAGCAGGAUUAAUAUAACCCAAGGUUAGUGCGAAAUUUGAAUUCAGAUAUGAAAGCUUAAAAAGCAAAUUCAGUUUUACUCUUUUAGCCUACAAUUUGAUGAUUGGAUGCCCUAAAAAGAAUAGAGAAAAUUAUCCUGGAAAAUGCUUUUGAACAAAAGAAAAAGAAACCCAAUCGGCCUUCGAACAACUGGGCCCUGGAGGAGAUAUUAGGAUGGAGAGAGGAAAAAUAUUUUUUCUUUGCCCUCGUUCCACACGGCUUCUCUGCUCGCCUCUCACGCGUGCUUUUAAUCUACUGUCGUUUAUGACUGUAAAAAAAUAUAAAACACUGCUCGCACCCUAGUAGUCGGGAGAAUUUCAUCUGUAAUUCUGAUACAGGUAUGCAGAACGACCUUGCACAGUAUUACAAACAGGAUCACAAAUAUAAAUAUUUAAAGCAGCUUGAACUGCGUAUUAAACAGUAUAACAGGAAAGUUUGGGAAAUAAGAUUUAGUGCUUGAAGUUUUAAGCACACUGACAGAUAACUUAUCAAGAUCCCUGUUGACAAUGAACUAUUUCACGUUGUUUGUUAGGCUCUGAUGAAUGCUUGUAUAGACACUCUUGGCGUGUACCGUACAUCAGUGGCAAAUCAACCUCAAAGCAGUGGAUUGCUAGCUCCUCAUUCCCUCAGAUUACUGCCUCUCUUUAUACUGGCCAUCAUGAAACAUGUAUGUUUUUGAACAGAUAUGUGUGUUUGUUUGUUUGUUUUCUAAUGAAAGCAUCAUCUUAUUGCGUCAUGUAUGUAGUGGGAGAAAUCAGAAGCAACACGGUGUUGCUUCUGUGGAGCUACGUUACCGUUUCAUUUAGCCCAGCAGUUUUCCAGCGUGUAGUUUGUAAGCCAUAGUAAUCUUCUCCAUUCUAAAGUAUUCUAUGAGUAAAGUAAUAUUUUGAGGUCAGUUUCCUUCUAUUUCCAGAAACGUCCGAGUCAGAGAAGCGAGUUUAAUGACAUUGAUCAAAAUUCAAACCAUUCAAGUUUCUAAAAAUCUUACUUCUUCCUUAUGCUUAGUAACAAGGAUGCAAAGACAAAAGAAGUGCUGACUUCUAGUUAUCUUAACCGUUGUUGUUGAUAUGGAAAAGUUACCCUUUCGAAGUUUUUAUUGAACGUCGAUAACCGCCAAAAUAGGAAACAAAGAUACUUGUGCUCUCUUUUGUAGUUUUCUAUUCUCAUUGACAUUUCUACCUUGCCAUUGUCAAUCCAUGCCAAUCGAAUUAGGUCGUUCAAAUUUGUUGAAUCUCUCAUAUCUGGUUUUAAUUUCCGUCCUGACAUUUUGUUUAUGCUGUUUGAUUCUUUCAGGUGGCCUUUCGUCUUGGUUCCAGCAGCCGCUUGGAUGAGCGGUGCUUUGCGAUGCAACAGUUCAAAGUGAUGCCUCUUAGCCUGGCCAUGCUGUCUGUUUAUCCCAAAAUGUACCCAAUUCACGACUUGUCAGAUGAGGUGAGCAUUGCCAUCAUGCCAGCCCACCAAAGCAUUUUGAGGGGUGGGGGACGAAGAAGGAGACAGUAUUUGCUAUAUCAUCAAGUAAAUCAUUCAAAAUUAGGUUAAGUGACUGGGUUACAGUGUGAGAGACAGAUAAAGAGAGGAAAGCCUCCAUACAGCCCACCCCAGGCAAACUUCUUCCGUUUGCAUCACUUUUUUCUUUUAUAUGCCCUGGAUUCCAUAAUUAGCUAUGGUCUAAACGAGUGGGGGAGUGGUACGACUUACGACCGCAAAGGCCCAAGAGAUCGUUUGGAGGGACAGCCGCAAGCCAUCUGUUAAAGACGCUCUCAGUCAAAGUUAUUCUGACUGAAGAUUAAGAUAUCGUGCAUCAGGGUCUUUAAAAACUCUUAAAUAGUGAAGAUAAGGUUCAUUUCUGAAAUGCAGUUUGGAAUACAGCUCUUGCAGUGCUCCACGUUUGUUGACUGCCAGGCAAUCCCUCCAAACGAUCCCAAAAAACUUUGUGGUCCCAUUUCUUGCUCAGUUUUUUACUUGUUUAGAACCUGAUGAUUUUAAAAAUGUUUUGUUUCACAGGGUGCUAUUCAAACUAAAGCAGGGCUGGUUGCAAAACCUCCUAUCUAUCACUUAUCAGGAGAAAAGCUGAGUCGGAAGGGAAUAUUCCUCAUGGACACCGGUCAUGUAAGUAUAGCAAUGGUUUGUAUCAAACACAAACAGCAAGUUAGUUUAUUUGAAAGCUUCCUCCUCAGGGCUAUUGCCUAACAGAAGACUGGAUUCUAUAGCAUCCAAGGAACCGACUUAGAGAGAUGUAGCCUGCGAAUACAGCCUUCAUGUAUCCCCGCUCCUCGCCACUUGGUAUGUUUCGCGAAGAGAGGAGAGACGGCUGUAUUCGCUGGCCAGGAAAUAAGAACCCAUUAGUUUGAUGUAAAACGAUGUGUAAACAAACCAACCUCUCAAGACAUGGGUUCUUAAUUUAGAACCGACAUUUCUUAGCUUCAUCUAUAGGCCUGCUCUAAGGCUAUUUAUAGAUAGCUUUCGCACCGCCACGAAAGCCAUACCGGAUAGGGUUUCUGUUCUCACGUAACAACGGUGAUUUCGGCGCGAUUUCUGUAGCGGAGGGAAGCUGUCUCGCGUCGAUUUCUAAAGUGGAGAGUCACAUAUCGGAUAGGUGUUCAUACUAUACUAGGUAGCUUCUCGUAUUGGCACGGUAAGAUAUCCGCUAUAGUUUAAACAUAACCUAAAUUUGCCUCAAGCAACUGAGCUUUGAUACUUCUGCUACUUUUGUUUUUAGUUUUGUUCGUGGCGGACGUGGGCCACGUGUAGACUUCCUCGAAGUCCUUCGCUUCUUAUUUCCGGUUCCGGUAGUUGGCCCCAGCGCAGCGCGAGCUCCCGCUCUCUCGCUCGCUUUUGCCGCAGAAAGCAAAAAAAAACUUCGCGCUCGUGAAAAAAUUUGACCUCGACUUGUAGGCAAGUCCAGGCCACGUGGUGGUGCAUUGCAUUACCAAAAAGUAUUCGACAAUGAGUGGAUAAAGUACUAAGAUGCAAUGUUGCAUGUUGUUUUUUCAGGCUUUCUAUAUUUGGGUAGCACGGGACGCUCCUAUUGAUGUCAUUCAAGCGCUGUUCAAUGUCCCAAAUUUUGGCAGUAUUCCAGAAAAUUUGGUAGGAAAUUUUUCUUCGUAUCACUUUUAUCUCUGACAGUUCGGUACUGAAUAGUCAGGUGCAAUCGGUGAACAUUCCUUGUAGUUAUCAGGUUGAAAUAACUUUUAUAAUCCAUGAUUGAUCGAAAAUUGCAGACUCAACAAUUUUCAGAUUUUCUUACCCACUUUUCACCGAAGUGACUCAAAGAAGGUGAUUGCUGAGUUGCAAUAUUUUGUUCUGUUGCAGGGUUCACUUCCAGUGUUAGAAAAUCCCCAGUCAGAAAGAGUAAGGACAUUUGUGGAUUACUUGCAGUCACAGAGAACGUGUCAUGCUAACAUAUAUAUUCUAAGGUAUGUUAAUUAUCGCAGAAAAAGUGGGGUUGAUUCAGGUUCCCUAGCGAGACGCGAGACGUAGCAUAAUCCCUCAAGUUACCAACCAGCAUUAAAGAAUUUUAUCAUAAAGACAUCAGCUAGACUCCUCCGCAGACUCUAACUGAGAGUCUGUAUGUAAAACUAAUUUUAUCUUCCUGGGAGGGUGGUUAAGUUGGAGGUUACAUGUAAGUGUGAAUUAUCCUUUUUAAACGCUAUGACGAUAACUGACAUCCAAGAACUAUCAUACAGACUGCAGCUACAUGCACGCUCUUAAGUGUUAUCAAGAUUGAAAAGCUAGAGCUUGCGUUGUCCAAGUCAUAAAAAGGUCGUCUGCACCUCUUUAAAUGUAAACUUAAAGAACGUGUGAGCGGUCCAACAAAAGUCCUGGAGCAAGUCAUAAAAAGGUCGUCUGCACCUCUUUAAAUGUAAACUUUAAGAACGUGUGAGCGGUCCAACAAAAGUCCUGGAGCAAGAAUGAAAACAAGUCUGUUCAGAGGCCAACUGCGUGACGUCUAAUAUGUAGCUGUCAGCGAAGAGAUAACUCCCACUUAAAAUUGGUUGUCACAGAUGUCACAAAUAAAUCUACGCCCGCAGGCACGAGCCGCUUAGUAACUUUCAUUGUAAGCUUCCUUUUGUUUGGUUAGAUAUGUUUUAACGUUAUUAAACACGAGCCAAUUUCUUUGAUAUCUUACUGUGCUUUUCUCUGCAUUUUACAGGGAGGACAGUCGAUUUAGAAUGUUGUUCCUUCAAAACCUGGUGGAUGACAGAUCAGAGUCAGUUAUGUCUUAUUACGAAUUUCUUGUCCAUCUUCAAAAGCAGAUUUCCAAAUGAGCUCUCAAAUCAAACAGCAGGUCAGGUGAUGAUUCAGACGAUGCAAAAGAAGUAAUAAAAGGGAUAAUUCCGCUCUCAACCAACUCAGGGACAAAUGAAUGGCGUCUGCAGUACUCUGGAAAUGUUCAAUGUGGACGUAGAUGAAAAAGAAAAACGUACAGAGCUGAGCCUUAGCAAAAUUAAAACGAUAGAAAGAAUAUACGGAGCAAUGCGCAAGAUCGAUUUUAUUUGUAACUCGCACAUAAAGGAUAAGGACAUUUAAAACAAAAAGAUGUUAGGUGUCUAGUUAUAGUAGCCAUAAGAAACCUGGGCAGAAAUACACAAUUUGUAGUUGCCUCGCCCACCGUAUCCUCGCGCACAGAGCUCCAACCUUUUUCUUAAAAAAUUGCAUCACGUGGCAAAUAAUGGAAAAAACUUUGGAGACAAUAACGGGUCCACCCUUAGGCCUGUUAUCAAGCUAUGGGCUUGCGAGAAUAGUUCAUUGCUAUCGGAGAUUAUAGAAACGUUUAUGGUUGGUAAAAUCGCUCGACGGGAUACGGUUCACUUUGUUUAAAAAAACACUGCCUUCUUCUCUUACUGCUUACAUUACGUCUGCGGAUGUGAAACACUCGGACUUUUUGGGGAUAGUAUGACCAAUUACGAACAAUUUGUUGGUGGAUUAUGACCAUACGGGAAAAUUAAAAGUAAACAUCGCCUGAUGAAAUACAAAGUACUAUUAAUUGGAAUAACCACCCAUUUUUCAGAGAUUUAAGCCUCGGGUUUGAAUAAUACUAUUUAUAAUGUCUGUCAAAUCUUUGUUGAAGUCGUUUCUGCUUGGUUAUCUCUGAAUCAUCCGCAGGUACCCUCAGUUUUGAUUGUGACAAUUGAAAUUACUCAUCCGAACAGCGCGCAUGCGCGAUUGUUCUUUUGUUACAAAAAGCGGAUGCUUACUGUUUUUUAAUUCUGAGGAUUUCUCUUUUUUGUUGUUGUCGUCAAAGGAGUUUAAGACUCAGAUCAAGACAGUUUUAACUGAAAUAUUGAAACUUGUUGUCACGACGUCUUCAUCAGGCGAGUGUAACCAUUUUGACGGUAGUAAGUACAGGCCUCUGUGGACUUAAUUCCUGGGUGAAUUUCUUCCUUUCUUUUUCUGUGUCGAUUCUGUUCGAACAGUUUUGCUCUGAGUCUGAAAUUCCUCUUGGCAAUAUUUUGUUUGCAGAGUAGGAAAGCAAUAGGAUUAUAUUUCUUACUCUGCAAAUGAGACAUUUUAACUACCGGUAUUUAAAUUUUCCAGAAGGCAAAUUUUGAAGUAAAGUUUAGAUUUUAAGGCACGUUUUAAUGUACGUAGCCAAAAAAAAAAACAGUUGUCGUCGUGCAAGUUGUUCAAUGAGAAGAUUUUAAUAGGACGAUUAUUUUUGCGCUUAGCUUUUUUUUGUGAAUUCGCACCGUUUCGCCAUUGGAAUAAGAUAUUAGUAAGAUUUUUAUUAAUCUUGAUUUUCAUGGUUAAAAACUGACAGUUGUCAUUGAGGUCAAUGAGCAGUGCCAGUUAGAAGUUACCCUGCGGGCAGUGGUUUCUGCGUCCGGCCAGGAGAAACCACUGCUCGCAGGGUAGCUUGACGUUAUGUCACAAAGACAAGGUUCUUUAGACGGGGGAUUAGAACUCACUGUUAACCUUUUAGUUCGAGUUCA